AGUUCGAACUUAACUGGUUGUAAACAUAAGUCGAUAGAAAAUGAAGAAAAUAUUUUAAAAUUUCAUAGUUUAGAGCUGACUUUGUUCAUAUGCUCGCAGAACUUUAUUCAUGAACUUUAAUUUAAGUCUCAUUAUCUAAUUAGCAUCAGUUAAAAACUUUAGAAAGUUUUGAAAAAGAGUGAUAAAAUAUGGAAAAUGAUAAGUAUGAUCUUUCACUUCGAGACCGUUUGCCAGCUGAAACUUGGUGCCACAUUAUUUCUUAUCUACCUCGAAUUACAAGGCAAUCAUUAGCACAGCUUUGUGGUUUUAUGGGACUUGUUGCAGAUACGUCUCAAUUGGAAGAUCGAAGACUUUAUCAAGCUUUAAAACAUGGCAAUCUUAGGUGGCACAAAGUCACGCACACAAGAAAUAUUCAACCGAGACUUAGACAUGGAACAAUUAAUUUUAAUGACCAAUUGGUGAUUUUCGGUGGUGCCAGCAAUAACCUGCCCAAUAGUGGAACAUACAAUGACGUGUGGAAGUUUGAUUUCAUUAAAAAAUUUCAUCGUAUGACAACAUUAGGCAUUGGCCCAUCACCACGAGCAAAUUUUGGGUUUGUUCGUGCUGGAGAUAGAAUUCUCAUGGUUGGAGGUCGAUCGUCAAAUUCAGAUCCGUUUACAGCAAAUCAAAGUCCUUUCGAGAUUCAUAUACUCAAUCCACAUAGUGGGGCAUGGCAAAAAGUCAUCACAACCGGUACUGAUCCUCAACAUAGCAAUGGAAUCCGAUGCGUUAUGCUUUCAUCAACCGAAUUAGUUGCUGUCGCUGGUUUAAUUCCAACAUUUCAUAAUUGGAUGCAGGAAAUACUUCCCGAUGGGAAUUUUGAGCAUCUUCGCACCAGCAUGCAAGUGUCAAUUCUCAAAUUUUCUGAUAGUACAAAAUUACGUGGAACUUGGCAUCGUAUUGCUGAUUGGUAUCACAACAGACGUGGAAUGCCAACGCCAAGAACUGAGUUUCAUCUCACAACGUUGGGAAAUGAUUACAUUUUGAUGCUUGGUGGACGAUCCACUAAUCAUACAUUGCAAGAUGCGUGGGUGAUGAAAAUUGUUCGUUAUCCAAAUUACGGUGUUAAAUGGACGCCAAUAAUCAUUGAGAAUCCGCUUGCACCGCCACUUCCACUUCAUUUGUAUCCUUCAAGUAUGGUUGGUGAUUUAAUGGUGUUUGCUGGUGUCAGAACGAUAAUGAAGAAGCCUGGCAUUGAUAAGCCUAAAGAAGAGCCGAAGAAACAGCAGCAACAAGAGCAACAACCGGCAAAUUCACCAGCAACAUCAUCACAACAAAAUACGGAAAGACGAACUCCGAUUUACAUUAAUCUUGAGCGACCACUUAAUACAAUUGGAGCAAUGGCAGCUUUCUCAGUUUCAACACAACCGGUUGUUCCACCUCAAAAGGUGUUAAAAAUUCAAAUGGCAAGUGAACCAUCGCCGGAACCUCCAAAACGACCUCAAGAUUAUCCAAUGCGAAUCUUUUGUUUAGAUUUAAGUCCAAUUAUGAACGUACCCGACGAAGCUUUUCGAACGAAUCCAACAAUUCAUUGGUUGACAAUGAGAAAUGAAGGACUUUUCGCGAAUGCACCUGAGCUUAGAGCUCAUGGAACGUUCACACCAUUCGACAAUGGAAUCAUUUUAAUUGGUGGUGUUCGACGAAGUCAGACUGACGAUGAUGUUCUCUUCACUCAAGCCACAAAUGAGGUUUACAUAUUAGAUUAUGUAAAUGAAACGUGAUAAAAAGUGAAUAAAGUUCAGCAACAUUUUCCUUUUUUUUUGGUUUAACUAAA